GCGCUGCCUGGGGGUCGUCCGAUGGGAUGUGCAUCACUGGAGGGGGGGUAGGCAGACGGAUAGUCGAUGCCAUGUGGGCCACCGGUAGGAGAGAGAUCGUCACCGAUGGGAGAGCCGACAGACAAGUGGUCGAUGCCGGGGGAGGAUUGGAAGAGACAGGGGGACAAUGUUCAGGUGGAGGAGGGCCCGACUGUCGCGGUGGAGGAUGAAGUGGGAGUAGAAGGGCCGGGUCCCGCGGAGCGAGGGGCCUGUCGAGUAAAGAAAACACCCGUUGUGUUCCUAGAGGUAUAUGUGUUUUGCGGGUGUAAGUUUUUGGAGACGGCGGGGUGGAGAGGAAGAAGGUGGUCAGGAGGCACGACCUUGGCGUUCCAUUCGCAUAAGGUGGGCGGCCUGGAGGUCCUUAAUGGUGAAUUGGGAGGGGUCGAGAGAGACAGUGUCGAAGACGUCAUCGGAGGUGGGUGGAGUGGUGUCAUCAGGGGUGAUGUUAUGGAAGAAGUGGGGGCGGGAGGGAGCGGGCGCAGACUGGUGAUGGGGGUGGAGGAGUCGAUCGUGGUAAAGCAUGCAAGAGAGCAGGUCAACAAGGGGCAUGUCGGGUUCGUGGGCGAGGGUGGUUACAAGAUCUUUGUGCCAUACUCGCUUGAUGCGGGAGAUGAACGCAAAGUCGAGAAUGACGGUGGUGGGGAGGUGAUGGCGGAGGGAGCGGAUGUAUUGGACGAAGCGGUCCGUGGGACCGAUCUGGCGGAGGUGACAAAAUUGUUCGAGGUAGUCAUCGAUGGUUUUCUGGGGGCGGAAGGUGGCAGUGAGAAGGUUGGCCCAUUGGAGGAAAGAGUGAUGCGGUCCUCCGGAGGCGCGGCGGUUGCUGACUUCGGCCAUCCACCAUUUGGCGGCAUUGCCGAGGAGACGGGAGGUGGCAAUGGCAAGCCAGUGGAAAAGGGGCAUGUGGUGGAGCUUGAAAGAGUUUUGGAGUUGGGUAAGGAAGAGGAAAACGUCCUUGUGGGGAAGGCCGGAGAAGGGCAUGACGUCGGCGGAUCGGAAGGAACGGGGGAUUUCCCCUUCGCGGGAAACGAUCCGGGCGAGGGUAUUGAAGUUGAGGUUAUCGGGGGUAGUGUCGUAGCAGAGCUCAUGUUGAGGCUUGAAGCACCUUCGGCCAUUGGAGAGGAUGGAGGCGAGGUGGCGGAGGAAGAUGGAGCAGUGGAGGUGGUAGCAGUGGAUGUGAUAGCGGCAGCGGUGGCAGCGGCAGCGGCAGCGACGUCGGCGGCGGCGCGUUGGGAGGUCUUGGUUUGGCAUGGUGGCAUGUGGAGAAGGGGGGGACAAUUCCUAUUUAGAAGAGUAGAGCGUCAUCAAGUGAUUUAACAAUGAAGGUAGCAAAGAAUCACAAAGCAAGAAUUAAUUUUGAAUAAAUUAAUUUGAAUUUA